AUGCAAGACCUCAUGCAGAAUCAUCAUAGCCGUUGUCUAGCAGCUUUGGUUCUUUUUGGAAAUUUUAGCAAAACAGGUUUUUUGGCUCUCCGUUUACCUUCUUUUCUUGUGGAUAAGUUAGCUGUUGAGCAACUCCUAAGAACCGUUGGAACUAUACUGGAAGUCGAUAUCAACUCAACCCCUCCUCGAGCUAAGCUGAAGAUGGACUUGAAGAAACCUUUUCUCCCUGGUGUUCUACUUGAUGUUAGAGGUCCAAAAUGGGUACAAUAUGCCUAUGAAUUACUACCCCUGAUUUGCUACAGAUGUGGCUUUUUUGGCCACAUAGUUAAAGAAUGCACCAAGUUCUUGAGAACGGAUCAUGCACUCCAAGAUGAUGAAUUUCCUGAUUUUCCUUAUCACCGCCUCAAUAGCAGAAUGAGGGACCAAAUCACUCUCCCAAAAAACCCUAGUAUCCCUACCACCUCCACAUCUUCCCCUCAACCCAAAGCCUCCUCAUCAAAACAACAUUCAUGUUCAACAAACCCUGGAGAAUCACAACACCUACUACAAACUUGCAAUCUACCUCCACCUCCAAUAUCUCCAUCAACUUCUCUUCACUCCCAACACCCAACCCAGCAACCUCUACAACCACCACCACCUCAACCAAAACCCGCAACUGAACCGUCUGCAAAUCCGAUUCUAAGUCAGUUAGCAAAGGAAAUGACUCAGCAAGGUCUCAGCUGGACCCCAGUUCCACAAAACCCGGCGGCUAAAACUACUGCAUCUCCGUCACCAAACACAGUGGACAGUUAUGACAAAGGGAAAGAUGUCGAAACACAGAGCCAAGAACCUUCUAUCCAUGCAGCACGCUUGGAGAAGCCUGCAGGCCAAAGGAAUGUCCCUACUGACAUUCUCAUCACCAGAUCCCAGAGAGCACAAACAACCUAA